AUGACUGGUGUCCCCAUGUUGUCCCUGGUGUCGGACAUCCCAGCCCGGGCCAUGGCACACUGCAUGAACGGGGAUUCCCCUUUGACUACCACGAACAAUGUCCACUUCAGCCUGUCCGGAACGUUUGGGCCUCUCGCCUUCACAGAAGACUGUCUCUUUCACAAAAACGGCACGACCAGCUACUUUGUGGAUGUUGAAGUCAGCUGGGCGGAGAGAAGCCGGCAGAAAGUUGAACACCAUCAAGUUCACACAGUGUCCUGCAUGUACGACGAUCACGGCUUUCAUGUCCCCUCAAAUGGGUCAAAAGAUCACUGGUUCAUUGCACCAAAAGUUCCCGUCCCCACAGAAGCCAAGUCUCGGGUCUCUGCUCCGCUCUCCCUGAGAAUUCUGGACGAACGUGGGAGUGAAAUCUUCUCCCGGAUACCCGUGGGUAGACGGAUUAAACUGGUGGCCGAAGGAAGUACAGGUAACACGCUAGCUGAGGAGAUCAAAGUGCUGGUUAAAGAGCUGGCUCGAUACGAAAAACGAGUUAGCAUGUGA